AUGGAAGGUAGAGAUAAUAAUGGCUUCAUCGGUGACAGCAGUCCCUCUAUAGCGGGUCAGUUUCGCUGGAAUACUCCACCCUCGAAUGGAGUUCACGUCUCCGGCACGCACGGAGUGGCUCUUACCGAUGUGGAACUGGCCGGAGGUAAAACCGUCCACAGGACUUCCGUGCCGGAGGAAAUCGCACGAAACGGAACCGGUACAGCAAUACCCGUGCAACCCACAGCCGACCGAGACCAGUGGGGUAAGGGUGUAGAGUUCCUGAUGUCAUGUAUCGCCAUGUCGGUUGGGCUCGGUAAUGUUUGGCGAUUUCCAUUCGUGGCUCUUGAGAAUGGAGGCGGUGCGUUCGUGAUACCGUACAUCAUAGUGCUGCUGCUCGUUGGCAAACCGGUCUACUACAUGGAGAUGAUCAUUGGACAGUUCUCCAGCCGGGGAAGCGUUAAGGUGUACGAUAUGGCUCCGAUCAUGCGUGGUGUUGGCUAUGGGCAGCUGUUCUCGGUGUCUACUCUAAUCACGUAUUACUCUUCGCUCAUGGCACUAAUUGCACGGUAUAUGAUAGACUCGUUUAUGAAACCCCUACCUUGGGCCAAGUGUCGCCAGGAAUGGUUACCGAACUGUAUUGAUUCGGAGGCCAAGGCGAUGUCGGCACAGUCAGAAUCAGCUUCGCAUAGUCUCAACGUCACAGGUCUCUCGAUGGCCAGUAGUUCGGAGUUGUACUUUACUAAGGUAGUAUUGAAGGAGCUGGACGGUAUUGAUGAUGGAAUUGGGCUACCAGAUCUAAGACUGACCCUCUUCCUGGUUCUUUCAUGGUCACUCGUGUUCCUGACACUGAUCAAAGGCGUUAAAAGUUCUGGAAAAGCCUCAUACUUCCUGGCGCUCUUCCCGUACGUCGUCAUGACCGUGCUCUUGAUUCGGGCCUGUACACUCCCCGGAGCGGUGGACGGUAUCGUGUACUUCCUCAAACCACAGUGGGACAAAAUCUACGACCCCAAAGUUUGGUAUGCUGCGGUGACACAGUGCUUCUUCUCACUUUCGAUCUGUUUCGGGAACAUCAUCAUGUACUCCUCCUAUAACAAGUUCCGGCACAAUGUGUAUCGUGACGCUACGAUCGUCACAUCGAUCGAUACCUUCACCUCGCUGCUGGCAGGUUGUACUAUUUUCGGUAUUCUUGGCCAUUUGGCACACGUCACCGGCAAGACGGAUGUUGGUAACGUCGUCAAAUCGGACGCUGGUUUAGCGUUCAUUUCCUACCCGGAGGCUAUUGCAAAGUUUGAGGUAUUGCCGCAAGCAUUUUCAGUACUGUUCUUCCUGAUGCUGUUCGUGCUGGGCAUCGGUAGUAAUGUCGCGAUGACCUCGUGCGUUAUGACGGUUAUUAAGGAUCAGUUCCCGAAGGUACGCAACUGGCAAGCGGCUACGAUUAUAGCUAUCUGUGGUGUGCUGCUCGGAAGCAUUUACGUUACUCCGGGUGGCCAGUACGUGCUAAAGCUGGUUGAUUACUAUGGUGCUUCAUCGAUCGCUCUAGUGCUCGCGAUUGCCGAACUGAUUGCAAUCGGAUGGGUAUACGGUGUAGAUCGGUUGUGUAAGGAUACGGAAUUCAUGCUGGGACAUCGGCCAAACCUUUACUGGAGACUUUGCUGGCGCUGGAUCACUCCGCUUCUCAUGUUUGUUAUUCUUAUCUACAACCUUAUCACGUUGGAACCGCUUAUGUACAAGCAGUACGUGUAUCCAACGAUCGCAUACGACAUUGGUUGGUGUAUUUUCGCAUUCGGACUUCUGCAGCUUCCGAUCUGGGCUGCUUAUGCCAUCUAUAAGCAGAGUGGAAAAACUCUCAACGAGAAAAUAAAGAACUCCUUCAAACCUACGGCUGCUUGGGGACCGCUCGAUCCAGUGACGCAUUACGAAUACAAGAAGUUCAUCGACGAGGAUUGA